UCAAAAGAGAUAAUCUGCUAUAUAAGUCAAAAGUUUGGAACUCUAGCAUGCACCAGUAAAAGUUUCCAUUUCACUGGAUCUAGACAUCAACAGGAAAAGUCAAGAAUGAAACUUGUUUUCAUGAUCCUUCCAAUUGUGGCUUUGGCCUCAACUGCUGCUUAUAAGGUUGACACUUCUGAUCCUGACAUUGAUGAGUUUGGGAUUGAAUUUGGCGACAUCGUGAUUGAUAAGGACGAAAAAGCCAAGCGAGCUAAAGCCUUGAAGGAAAACGAAAAUGCCAUCAGACAGCACAACGAGGAGUUCAGGCGUGGAAAAUCCGGUUUCUACAUAGAACUGAACGAGCUCUCAGAUUUACCGGCUGAUGAGGAAGAGAAACAAAAAUUCG